GGACCUGAAGCUGUGGCCAGUAUAAAUGCCUUAGAUAUGCUCAUGAGGAAAGAAAGAAAGGUAGAUGUCAAACUCGGGCAGUUUGUAGAGUGCCCCAGCCUCUCCACCUCUGGGAGGCUCACCUUGGUUCUGACUGGCCUUCUGAGAUUUCCCUGCAACUAUACUUCCCUUCAAGGCCCUGGGGGUGUACCUCUUGCCUCUUUGCCUCUGCAGUUCACCUUCCUCUGGGACCUAGGCAUUCUAAAUGAGAACUUUCCCUGUGCAUCAUUUCAAGAUGAGGAGAGGGAACGUCUCUCCCGAUUUCCUGGUCCUGUGGCUGCUGCUCUUUGGAGUCCUGGUCUCUAUUACAGUUGCUGCAGAAAGUAACACCAUUACAGUGUCCACUAAAGGCUCUGGGACAACUGCAACAUCUAUGCACUCCAUAGUCACCACAAUGCCUUUUGAGACCAUCACAGCAUCUGUGCCUACUAUAUCGCUCAGUAUAGUCCCUGAGAGUGCCAAGGCCUCCAUCAUAACACCUGUGCCCACCACAGUCUUCUCUACAGCCUCUGAAACCACUACUGUUUCUGGGACCACUGCAGAGUCUAUAUCUACAAUGGGCUUCACCACAGCCUCUGACAGCACCGUGAUCUCCACCACAGAAUCUGUGCCAACCACAGCCUCCACUACGGUCUCUGAGACCACUAUGCCCUCUACAAUGCCUAUAACAAAAACAACCUCCACUAUGGACUCUGACCCCUCUACCACAGCAUCUCUGACCAUGACAGUGUCUACUCUGGUCUCUGAGUCCACCAUAGCUUCUGAUAUCACCACAUCUACCGUUAUAUUUGGGCCCAUUACAAAUCCUACCUUAGAUACUAAGAACACUACAUUUUCUGAGACCACCAUAUCUUCUAUCCAUGAGACUACUAGUGCCUCUGAAACUAUCAAACACUCUGAGAACACCCUGGCCUCUGCCACAGUCUCUGAGACAAUGAUAGUUUCCAACAAAGCCGCUGGCACACAAGGACAGUCUGUGUCUUCCACAACUACUGCAAUGCCUCCUGAGACUACUACAGUAUCUGUGACCACCACACCUACCACCAUAACAUCUUUGCCCAUCACAGCCCACACCAUGGGCUCUGAAUCCACCACAGUGUCUUCAUAUGAGAUCACCUUGCUCCCUACCACAAUUUCUGUGCCCAACAUUUCCUCCAUGAUAACAUCUUUGCCCCCUACAGGCCCCACCACAGACUCUAAGGCUUCCACAGGCUCUGAAAUGAUCACAACCAUCAUCACAACCUCUGAGGUUCCCAUGUCCUACACCACAGCCUCUGUGCCCACCAGUGCCUCUACCACAACCUCUGAAACCACCAGGACCUCCACGGCAAUGUCUGUGCCUACCACAGUCUUCACCACAGCCUCUGAAAGCACCACAGGCUCUAAGGCCACCAUAGUUUCCACCACAACCUCUGGACCCACCAUGGCCUCCUCUUCAGCCUCUGAAGCUACCAUGAUCUUUAUCACAUCACCUGAGACUACGACGUCCACUGCCAAAACGUCUGUAUCCACCACAGCUGCCACCACAGGCUCUGAGACAGCUGUAGUUUCUACCAAAGCUUCUGUGACAACUGCCAUCUCUGAAAACCCUACAAUCUCCCCAAUGCCCUCUGAGACCUUUACAUCCUCCACCACAGCAUCUCUGCCCAUGAUAGUCUCUACUCCAUCCUCUAAGUUCACUGUGGCCCCCACCCUGUUCUCUGAGACCCCCACAGCUACCACAAUGCCUAUGGAGACUACCACAACAUCUGCACCCACAAAUGCCUCCAACUCAGUGUUUGAGACUGCCAGGGGCUCCCAGACAAUGUCAGUUCCCAUCGUGGCCUCAACCACAGUCUCUGAGAGCAUCAUAACCUCCACAAUAGCAUCUGUGCCCACAACAGUGUCAAUUUUGACCUCUGAGUCCACUGUGGGAUCCACCACAGUCCCUGACACCACCACAUCUUCCGCAAUAACAUUUAUGUCCACCUCAGCCUCAAGCUCUGGCUCUAAGAACACAACAUCAUCUGAGACCACCAAGGCCUCCACCACCAAAGCUGAGACCACAACUGCUACCAAUGCCACUAUAGUCUCCAGUAAAAGCUCUGUGACAACUGAAAGUUCUGUGCCCUUCACAGCCACCACAGUGCCCACUGAGCUGAACACAGCAUCCACGUCCAACAAAACCUUCACGAUAGCCACUGAUAGCACCUCAUCCUCCAUGAUAACAGCUUUGCCCCCCACAGUUUUUAUAAGUAAAACUACCACAGGUUCUGAGACAGCCAUAGCUUCCACCACAGCCUCUGAGACUACCGUGGCCUUCUCCACUGCCUCUAAGAGCACUACCUCCUCUAUCAAAAUGUCUUUGUCCACCACACACUCUGACAACACCACAGCCUCCACUCCAAGAUCUGAGAGCAGCAUGGCCUAUAGUCCACCUUCAGAGAUCACUUCAGAGUCUGUUGGCAGCAUGGUCUCCACCAGAGCCUCUAAGUCUACCAUGCCAUCCUCAACUCCAUCUGUGAGCACCACAUCUUCCAGCAUGGGCUCGAAUACCAUCACGUCCAUUGCAGCCUCUUCACCAGCCUCUCAGGUCACAACAGAUUUUUCCACUUUUUCUGUGCCUACUGCAAAUAGCACCAUAGGUUCUAAGACCCUGACUGUCUUAACCACAGCCUCUAAGAGCACCACAGACUCUGUCUCAGAAUCUGUGCCAGCCAUAUUCUUGUCCACAGUGUUUGGGGACACCAAAGCUUCCACUUCACCUUCUGGGUCCUCCACAGCCUUCACUUCGGCCUCAUCACACUCAUUGGCCUCUACCUCUGCUUCUGGGGAAACAACCGUCUCCAGUGUCUCCAGAUUUUUCAUAGACUCUUCCACCACCAUGGUGUCCACCAAGGUCACUGAAUUUUCCACUCAGUUCAUGACCAACACAGUUGUACCAGGCACCAGCACCACUGGAACAAGACCUGCUAGACCCAUCUCUGCCACCACUGGCAUGGAGACCAUGCCCUCUGCUGCCAGCAGUGCUGACCCUGGGAUUGCUCUGAAGACCUCUGGCCUGGGCUUGUCCACUCUUGGAGCAUCAUCUACCACCUCUGUCCCGGGGACCAGGGCCACCAGUACAGGGUCUACCUCUGAGCUGACCAGCACUCCUGGAACCAGCACCAGCUCCCAUAAAACUGGCUCAGUCACCAUGGGCACAAAUACAGUUCAUGAGAGCCACACAUCAACAAACGUCACUAAACCAAGUGGGCGUUUGCAGCCUUGGGCCAUCAUCCUCAUCUCUCUGGCUGCCACCAUGGUCAGUGUUGGAUUGCUAAUGGGACUGAGUUUUUGCCUGAGGGACUUUUCCUCUCCCCUGAUAUAUAGUGGAACUUAUUACCCUCAUGGCCACAGAAUUGGCCUUUGUCUGGACCUGGACACAAGAUGGGGCCCUGGAGUGCUCCACAGCUCAGGAGAUGAACUGGUCCAUGGAGGAGCACAUGGUGGUGGACACAGAGUGAGGCAUGAGUUGAGCCACGGCCACAGGGGUGGUUACAGUGUGAAUCAUGGUGGUGUCAUGGACAUGUGAGAGGCCAUACAGUAGCCACAAAAUGGAUCAGAAAUGAGGCCCCAGGAAUCCAUGGAGUGGGCCGUGGGGGAAGCCACCAUGGCAGCCUUGGCAGAACAAGAUGGCUGUGGCCAUAGACUGAACAUUAGAAUACAAUGUCAAGAAAGUAUGGGGUAAAAUGGGGUCCAGGAAAAGAAGAAAAGAAUGAUUAUGGAAUGAUUAAAAUGCAAUAUAAGAAGAUUCUCAGGGGGUGGAGUCACAGUCAAGAAAAGAAGCAGCAAAAGAAUCAGAGACCCUUGAUCAACAUUGAAAGUUCAACUGGGUUUGGAGGAGACACACAGCUUUAUGCUUGGAGAUGACUUCAAGUCAAAGCUGGCUUGAGUUCUACCUGAGUCUCAGACUCUAUUGUAGGGAAUGGUGAUCACUCUCACUAUCAUCUCCCACCAUCCGAGUCCUGGUCAGUGUUUCUCAUUCCUAUGUUUCCUCAGGAUUCUAUAAUUGUUACCACAUCUCUAAGAAACCAAAUCAUAUAAUAAAUGUAUUAUCAGGAACCCAUACUUACUUGUUUUCAUAUUUUUUAUUUCAGUUUUCCCUGUGAUUUUUUUUUGAGUACUUAAUAUGUACCAAGUGCCUUUAAAUACAUCAUCUUUUAAUCAUUAAAAAAACCCUGAGAAGAACCUUGGGGUAGGCAAAGAUAUUUAAACUAGACAAAAAGAGCACCAACUCAC